AUGGCUCCCCGUCUCGGUUGCGGACAGCGGCCCCUCGUCACCAGAAGCGCUGCGGACGACGUGCUCGCAAACUCGAUCACUAUCCUAGAAGCCCUCAAGGAUGCUGCAAGCGCUGUCGGGGCCGUCCCCUUCCUCGGCGGCAUCGUCGCCACCGCACUCGGGAUCGCGAAGGCCGUCGAGCAAUCGAGAGCGAACACAGACGCGUUCGUCUCUGUCGCUGAGCGCGCGGCCACCCUCGCCGAGUACGUUCAGAAGAAGACUCUGGGCUUGAACGGGGGGACGAUCGGUGUGGACAUGCAGGUCAUCUUGCUGGAGCUACAUAGCGCUCUGGUGAAGGUGCAAGACGCAGUCAAGCGAGAGCUGGAGAAGGGGCGCUUCAAUCGUUUCUUCCGACGGGCAAAGCUUCGCGGGAAGGCGCAGGAAUGCCUACUGAAGCUGGACGAUGCGUGGCGUUCGUUUGACGUAGGUGUGACCGCGAUCCUGGUGCGACUGGAGCGCCAGGUUGAAUUGCUUAAGAGCCAGGUUGAAUCGCAAGCUCCAUUCGAACCCGGCUCCUUGAUGCUGUCAGAUAUCCAGCGCACAGAAGCCCACACGAAGAUCCCGUACAGAACCAGGACCCACCACGGUUAUCAAUACAGCGCUAUAUUGGGUACUCGUCCGGUGACAGUGCGCACGUAUGGUCACAAGCUCAAGGAUAACGUUUUCGAAAGCAUUCAAAUAUACUCUGAGAACAACCAUGAGUACCACGAAACCUUCAGCAAUGUGAUCGCUAUGGCUCGCCCUCAGGCCGGAACCCAAUUCUAUAUCCUUGACGGUACACGACACUCCAUAUUGGCAGACUUCGACAGUAAGGACCCCGUGAUUUGGGUUCAGAAGCUUUUUCAGCAUGAAAGGUCGCUAAGAGCGGAAACGUCCCAGUUGGUCGAUGCAGCUGCCCACAGAGACCAUAGGCACCACUUCCUUCCCGGUACGGACUGUCUUAUUACACCUCCGUUCCACACUCAUACGCCAUCCGCAGAGGGUCCAGUUAUUCACAACACGGCGCUCACUUUCGAUGCUCUGGUACAGGCGCGCGACGACCAUGCCUUUCGUUCCAAUUCCUCUCGUCUCUGGGAUUUCGUCGCCAGACAGAUACCGCUCCACAGCCUAGAAAUCGCUGAUAACAAUGCCAAGCCGGGCGACUAUGGCUACAUUACAAAUCACCCCGACGGCCCCCGUUUCACGUACCUUGGUAACAUCAAUGAGGUCUCCGAAUCCUCAGGCGAUAUGGUGCACUACGAGCGUCGGAUUUUUCGCGACACGCGUCCGACCCGGUGGAAGCUCUCCACUUGGUCAAACAACGCAGUCGAGAGUGGGGAAUUUACCAUCGUUCCAUCCCAGAACGACCCGGGUCGUUGGUGCAUCGGCCAACAAAUCCUUUCCGGCAUAUCAGACGACACAUCCGACAAAUUCUUCACCGACCACGCACUACGUCUGUCCCGCCUACAUGGUAUAGACCUAUCGGAUCUCUUUCUCGUCAAUUGCCGCGAUUAUGGGGCGGGGGCGUGCACUGGCGAAGAUCACACACACGGUACACACACAACGGCGUGGCUUCACAAGCAGCCACUUGACGAACACGGUGUGCCCCACGAGCCGUGGGCGUACUGGUCCUUUGAUGAGGAGCCAGUGCGCGUAGGACACCCGCCGCCAGACGUUCCACAGGGCCCUGGAUGCUUCCGAGUGGAGUAUGUCGUUUCCAGGGUUGGAUGCGCGUGA